UCUCCUCAAUCCAGCCAGUGGGAAGACAGGACCUGCUGCUAAAAGUUAAUUGGCUGAGCUGAAUGUCUACAAAGACCUCAGAGUGGAGCUGAUCACGUGGUACUCAGCUUUCUGGAAAGCACGGGCUUUGUAGAGGCAUGGCAAACUGGAAGGAAAUGAAGAAAGAGGAGCUUGACAAGCAAUACUCCCCCAGCAUGUGGUCACAUAGGAUGGGCAAGGAUGAAGUGAUAACAGCCCAUGUUGCAGCUCUCUCAGAAGGUACAAAGAAAGCUGGCAGCGUGGCACAGACCUUGAUAAACGUACCAUAUGGAGAAGGAGAGGGGGAGAAACUGGACAUCUACCUGCCUGCCUGUCCACCACAAGAUUUAGCUUUAGUUAUCUACAUCCAUGGAGGAUACUGGCAGGCUCUCAGUAAGGAAGAGUCAGGCUUUAUGGUGCCCCCGCUGGUUUCAAGAGGUAUUGCUCUAGUAGCAGUUGAUUAUGACCUAGCACCAAAAGGUAGCAUGGAUCUGAUCGUUUCUCAGGUCCGGCGUAGUGUGGCCUCAAUUGUCCAGCAGUACUCUCACAUUAGUGGAGUUUAUCUGUGUGGCCAUUCAGCAGGUGGUCAGUUGGCAGCCAUGGUUCUCUCCACAGACUGGUCCCAGUAUAAGGUCACUCCCAACAUCAAAGGUGCGGUCCUUGUUAGUGGUAUUUAUGAUCUCCUGCCAAUCAUCUCAACCUAUGUCAACGACCCCCUUAAGAUGACUGAGGAGGACGCUGUGCGGAGCAGCCCUCUGCAGCUGGUGCCGACGCUGAAGCGCUGGUCCGCGGGGUGUGAGAUUGUGGUGGCUGUAGCCGAGCACGACUCUCCUGAGUUCAGGAGGCAGUCUCGAGAGUACUUCCAGGCUUUGGAAUGUGCAGGGCUGAAGGUGAGCUUCGAGGAUGUAUCGAACACGGAUCAUUUCAGUGUAAUAGAACAACUAUCGCAUGAAGAUUAUCAUCUCACACAGGUUUUGCUGAAGAUGAUUAGAAGGGCAAGUGUUUCACACACAUAGAACCAUGAAAGCCACUUUGAAAUGCAUAAGACUGACAUAUUAAAUACAAAACAGUACCAUCCUGAGUAU